UUGUGCAGCCUUGGCUAGGGUUUUGGUAUACUUAUCCUACCGCAGCUUCCUUCUUCUUCUUCUUCUUCUUUCUCCAACACUUAGGUUUGGCUCUGUCCGAACCAUAUCUUCGAUUUUCUGGUUCCUAUUUUUCUUUUUCUUUUUUUGUUUCUUCAUCAUCAAAAACAAUAACCUCGGGACUAGUUGGUUUUGUGAAAUGACGACUUUGAACCCUUUCGAUCUCUUGGACGAUGACAUAGAGGAUCCCACCCUGCUCGCUGCUGCUAAGCCACUCAAGGUUGAGAAAGCUGCUCCAGCUCAGCCUGCUAAGCUGCCCACUAAGCCCACUCCUCCUUCUCAAGCUGUGAGGGAAGCCAGAGGAGGUCGCAAUGGUGGAGGAGCACGUGGUGGUGGCCGUGGAAGAGGUGGUGGAUUCAACAGGGAGUCCAGGAACUUUGAUGCUCCUGCUAAUGAGAACGGGUACGUUGGAGGCGGCUACAGACGCUCUGAAGGAGGAGAUGCUGGGAGGCGUGGUGGAUACCGUGGACGCGGUGGUCGCCACGGAGAUUCUGGUGACUUGGAGCGCCCGCGUAGGAACUUUGAGCGUCACAGUGGAACAGCUCACGGACAUGAGUUAAAACGUGAUGGAGCUGGCCGUGGCAACUGGGGAACCAUUGCGGAUGACAUUCCUCCGGUGACUGAAGGAUCCACACCAGUGGUUGAGAAGGAUCUGGCUGUUGAGACGGAAGGUGAAGCAACUGAUGCUAACAAAGAGACAGCUGUUGAAGCUCAAGCAGAGAAAGAGCCCGAGCCUGAGGACAAGGAGAUGACUCUUGAAGAGUAUGAGAAGGUUUUGGAAGAGAAGAGGAAAGCUUUGCAGGCAACCAAGAUUGAGGAGAGGAAGGUUGACACCAAAGCCUUUGAGACCAUGCAACAGCUCUCAAGCAAAAAGAGCAACAAUGAUGAGAUCUUCAUCAAACUGGGAACAGACAAGGACAAGCGCCCAGUUGAGAAGGAAGAGAAGACCAAGAAGUCGUUGAGCAUAAAUGAGUUUCUGAAACCUGCGAAUGGAGAGAGGUACAGAGGUGGUUACCGUGGUGGAAGAGGUCGUGGACCAAGGGGAGCUGAUGAGGGUGGUCGUGGACCAAGAGGUGGAGCCGAGGGUGGUCGUGGACCAAGAGGUGGAGCCGACAGAAAGGCUGCUGCACCUGCACCAAAGAUUGAAGACGCUGCUCACUUCCCUACUCUGGGAAAGUAAGGCUCUCCGGUUUGGUCCUUCCGCGUCCGUUUGGUCUCGUUUGUUUUUGUGAUCUCUCACCCGGUUCUGUUUUUGUUCUUCUGAUUUCAUUGUUAUCGUCAUACUCGCUCAAGGCUUUUUGUUCUACGAACCCGAGUUUUUGGGAACUUUUAGUAAAGUUGUUUUUAAUCUUUUA